AUGUCAACAACCCCUGGUCUACAAGAAGAUCAGAUCAGGAAAGCAGUUGCAGCUCUCCUAAAGCAUGUCGAAAAGCAGCAGGCAAAAGCUAAUGAGCUGCUUGAAGAGGAGGAGUUGCUGUACCUGGUAAUCAUAGCUCUGAAAAAGACACCGCAGGAGGCUCGAAAGGACAAGCCACUCAGAUUACCGCUGCCGCACUCAUUGUAUGAUUUCGAUGGAGCAGAGGUGUGCCUGAUUGUCAAGGAUCACAAAGGUGAGGGGCAUAAGGCAGCCAAGCAGAGGGUGAAGGAGGAGAAACUUGCCAAGGUAUCCAAGGUGGUGGGGGUCUCAAAGCUGCGCACAAAGUACGAGUCAGCCGAGGCAAAGCGCGCGCUGUGCACCGCCUACGACCUCUUCCUGGCAGACGAGCGCGUGCUGCCCUCGCUGCCCAAGCUGCUCGGCAAGACAUUCUUCAAGAAGAAGAAGCAGCCUAUCCCAGUGGAUCUCACGGGCAAGGACUGGGCCAGGCAAGUGCGCAAGGCGACCGAGGCCACCUACAUGCAUCACACCGGCGGCACAUGCAUCAACAUCAGGGUGGCGCGGAGCUCGUUCUCAGCAGAGCAGUGCACAGAGAACAUUGUGGAAGCAAUCAAGGGGGCGCUUCCGCACAUCCCCAAGAAGUGGAACAAUGUGCAGGCGCUGCAUGUGAAGACGGCAACUUCGGCCGCCCUGCCGAUCUACCAGACGCUUCCAGAGCAGCCGCAGCGGAUCGAGAUCCCCAAGCAGGCUGCACAGGUCGAGGCUUGA